CACGGUUGCUAAACGGUCUGAGGAUUCGUCCAGGAACACCAGCGAAAUGAACGAAAGGAGCAGACUCCUGCUGAGGAUCCGAGAAUUCAACCCCAAAGAGGUUUUCACCUGGCAGCUGGCCAAGACAUUUGCUAUGGGUCAGGGGCUGGCGGGCCUCAUCUGUGGGACAGCUAUCACCUCCCAGUUCCUGGCCUCAAACUUCCACGUGAACACACCCAUGCUGCAGAGUUUCCUGAACUACCUCCUGCUGACUGUCACCUACACCACCAUGCUGCUCUGCAGAACAGGGGAUGGCAAUUUUUUACAGAUUUUGAAGAGACGAUGGUGGAAGUACUUGCUGCUCGGGCUGGUGGAUGUGGAAGCAAACUACACUGUGGUUAAAGCGUACCAAUACACCACCAUCACCAGCAUACAGCUGCUGGACUGCUUCGUGAUCCCGGUCCUGAUGGGUCUGAGCUGGUGGAUUUUGAAGGCUCGCUACAGGCUGAUCCACUAUGUCGCCGUCUGCAUCUGUCUGCUCGGAGUGGGGGCCAUGGUGGGGGCAGACCUGCUGGCUGGACGAGACCAGGGCUCCACCUCAAACAUCUUGUUGGGUGAUGGUCUGGUGCUCCUCAGUGCUUCGCUGUAUGCGGUGUCUAACGUGUGUCAGGAGUACACCGUGAAGAACCUGAGCAGGGUGGAGUUCCUGGGCAUGGUCGGCCUUUUCAGCACAAUCAUCAGCACCAUACAGAUGGUGAUCCUAGAGCGUAAUGAAAUUCCUGCCAUUCAGUGGAGCUGGGAAGUCGGACUGCUGUUCGCUGCCUUUGCACUGUGUAUGUAUGCUCUGUACAGCUUCAUGCCUAUAGUGAUAAAGCUGAGCAGCGCCACCUCCGUCAACCUCUCCCUGCUCACCGCUGACCUCUUCAGCCUCUUCUGUGGGAUCUUCCUCUUCCACUACAACUUCUCCGGCCUCUACAUUGUUUCGCUGGUGGUCAUCCUCAUUGGCUUUGUCGCCUUCAACGCUGUGCCGACUCCCACCGCUGCCACAGACUCCAGCCCCUCGUCUUCACCUGCUGCUACCUGCGAGGAAGGCUGCUCUGAAAACCCUGUGGCUGCUCAGGGGGAUGCACAAGAGCUGCAGCCGACUGAAGACAGGAGGAAGAGGAGCGCUUCAGGGCCAUCGCAGAGCUACGGCAGCACAGAGCUCAGCACUAGAAUGUGAUCAGCUGGUUUACAGUCUGCAAACAUGUCGUAUAUGUAUUUUUAACCAGUUAUUUAUUGAAUUUUGCUUCUUAUAUAACACAUAUGGUACAUGUAAAAACACACAAUACAUAAGUUCAUGUAAAAAAAGAUAAAUAAAAGUGCAAAUGCAAAAGAAAAGAGUGAUUUAAAUUUCAGCAUUUACCUCUUUAAACACAUUUCACUGAGCCAUACUGAAGGCUGUUUCAAAUCCUAACAUUUAUUGUGAAGCUGCAGGAGGAGUGAUAAUCAGAGGUGCACAGGUGCGUCUUUCCUGGAAAUGUCUUCUUUUUUUAAUAAAAGAGGCCCUGCACACAGGUGAAAUAUACACACACACUACAGAGGGAGUGCUUUUUAUCUGUUAUGAUGAUGUUUCAGAGUAGAUUAUUACAUUUUCUACCCUCCACAAUUUCUGUGUGUGUAAUUCAAGAAAAGGUGUGAUAUCCUUAAAUUAAAAGGGUUCCUAAAUAUAACACAUUGCCGUGUCACACCCGAGAUCGUAAAACCGUUAACAAUGAUGCAGUUGUGUCAAAUGUCAAAUUUUACUGACAUCGGUUUAACAAAGGACACCUUUGGAUGGAUGUUUCCCCUCGCCUCCUCUUCCUCAUCUCUGGUGGGAGGGACUAAUACAAAAUCAGAGGAGGCAAGGAGAGAAAAAAAAAG